UUGUUGCCAUAGUAACGACGGAAUGGUUUACGUACAGUGGUGUCACAUUCCUCUGAUUGUGAAGUGAUAAUUUUAGGAAUUUCAAGACCGUCUUGACUAUGACAGUCGGCUGAAAAAUGUCCAUUAAUUUGGAAGGAUAUUACGUGUAAUAUCCACUAGCUUUACAGACUACAGUUUUCAACUUUAAAAGGUUGGAGACUCUUAAAGAUGACUAUGAUAUGUGAAGAUGAAAGGAAAGACUUCAUUUUAACAACUGCUGCUCAUUUCUUUAAUAUUAAUGUCUCCGAUGGACAAGCUAAUGAUCUGCUCAAUAACACGAAUUUAAAUGAAUUCCUUGACAAUGGCAGUUGCCUUAUUUUGAGUAUAUCAACUCACAACUCAAUUAUUAUGAGUCCAGUUGAUGAAUCAUCCUAUUGGGCAUCAGUAGCAAACUCAACGUCACGAAGAGAUUUGAGAGACAGGAGUACAGCCUUUUGGAAUGCAUUGGAACCUUUGGGAAAAGACUUUAGUACUUUAAAUUCUCUUAGUUUGAUUGAUAUCGAUGAUGUAUUAGAAACUGCGCAUAACUCUUUGGAUGAUCUGUGGAAAUUGGAUGAAUAUCCUUAUCCUCAACCUCGAAUGGAACAUCUCUUGACAAUUACAGGUAAUGCAUUAUCUAGGUUUGUGCAGUCUCACCUCAAGAAUAUACACCUUUGGGAGGAUCCAUUCAGCAAAGUAGAAGAAUUAAUAAGUCAGGGUAUCAACAUUGGAGAAAAAUGGAUUCAUACAUGUGAACGCCUUACGUCAUUAUUUUGGCCAAACUACACUCCUCAUCCAUGGGAAGGGCCACCAUAUUCUCCUGUUUAUGUCAAAAAUUUCGUGAAUCGACUUCAAGAAAUUCUUCGUCUAAGAACAUUACAUAGGCAGCUCAUACGAUUAUUGUCAAAAUCAGAACAGCUUGAGUUAGGAACGAAUGACAGUUUCAAACCCUUUGAGGGCCUGACACCUGUACAAUAUAAUCCAUAUACUGAGUCAGAGUGGCAAACAGCUGUUCAAAAAUUUGAGUCAUCCUUACGGCCAACUGAAGAUAGGGUAGCAUCUAAACUCAAAAUGCAAUUUAGAAGUACCAAAACUAAUACUCUUCAG